UAUCUUUGAAGGAAAAAAUAUCUACCCCAAAAGAUAUCUAACUACUUUACAACAUUUGUAGCACAUGAUAUUAUUACAUUGAUGAACCCCUUCAACUAACAUCAAACAAAUAAUAUUACCCUCUUUUUUUUUCAAGAUUUUUUACAAGAAGAAGAAGAAGAAAAUGGAAGUGAAUGGAAAUAUUAGACCAAAUAGAAGUGAUGUUCAUUUAUCAAAAGAGGAAGAAACAAAGAUAGAAGAGGAAACAAGAGAGUAUUUUGAUGGCAUUGCACCAAAAAGACACACUAAACCUCAAAGAAGUGAUUAUUCUUCAACUUAUGUUGAUCACAUCAAUCUCUACCCUUCUUCUCAUGACACAAUUCCCGAAAAUCUCGAAUUCCAACGUCUCGAAAAUGAUCCUCAGAAAUUGGUUUACAAUGGCAGCCAAGUGACAGAGGAAUUUAUUGAAACAGAAUAUUACAAAGAUCUUAAUUGCAUUGACAAGCAGCAUCACACGACAGGAACAGGAUUUAUCAAAGUGGAGAAUAAUGAGAACACUUUUAAUAUAGGAGCUGAUUAUACUACUGAUCCAAGCCAUGUUUACAAGGGGAAUCCAGCUACUAAUGAUUGGAUUCCUUCUGCUGUUGAUGAGGUUAAUUUUAUCUCAGGAAAACCACACAGAAGUGAUAACUGAAAUUGAGUCUUUGAUAAAGACAGUAUCUGCUUAUUUUGUAUUUCUGUGAAGCUUGGCUUCAACUUGUGUCUCUUUUGUUUGGUUGUAUUUGAAUAACAUGCUAUAUGAAUUAUUUCAAACGAUUUUAAUGAAGAAUUUAUAUUAGCCAAAUAUCAGCUAAGGGGGUGUGAUGGAAUGGUUCGAAUAACCUAAACCAUUAACCAGAGGUCUCGAAUUUAAACUGUUGUGAACGAAAAAUAGCAUUAUAAAGGA